AUGAAUGAGGAGGGUAAUAAUACGGGAUUUUUUUCACCAUUAUUUAGUGGUAAUAAAAAUAGACAAUCAAUGCAACCAUUUUCAACGGUUUCAACGGUUUCAUCAGCUGUUGAAACAUCAGAAGAACGAGAUAGUGCAAGAUUUAAUACUCGUUCUUCAUCACCUAUUUCAAUUAAUAGUACAUUUGUAAACGAAGAAGGAAUAAUUCAUUCAAAUUCAAAUAAUAUAACGAAAGAACAAGAUUUAUAUCAUUCAAGUUCACUAAAAACCAAUGAUAAUAUUUAUUCGGUAGAAUUUUCACCCACUGAUAAUUAUUUCAAUAAUAAUAAUCAAGCUCAAUCCACUUCAAUUUUUACAACGAAUACUCCAAUUAUGAGUGUUGGUGGUGGUGGUGCUAAUAAUCUAAUAUAUUCUAACAUUAAUAAUUAUAAUCCUCCAGCCACACCAUCAACAAUUUUUUCCAUUAAUGAUAGUAAUGAUAGUAAUCAUAAUAGUGGAAUGGACAAUUAUUCAAUGAAAAUGAAUGAUAAAACUUGUAAUAUAGAAAUACGACCUGAUAUUAAUAUUAGAAAUUAUAAUAGUGGUGGUGGUGAUGAUUUUUGGAAGAAUUUAUGGAAAAUGGA